CUAACAAGCUCGACAAAGCUAGCGUCAAGAAGUUAAGCUUUCAGCGUCGUUGGUGGAGGUAUAUGAUCGGUCUAUCAUCGGUCUAUCAUCGGUACAGUUUGUCCACUUUACCGUCCAAAGUCAGACUGUCCGUCUCUUUGGGCUGCUUAGCCGAGCUAGCAGCCUCCGCCUCCGGCAUCUCCACGUCCUGCGGCUCGGCGCCGACCUCCUUCGGCUUGUCGGCCUUGGAGUCCCGGUCUCGGCCUCCCGCUCGGUCCCGCCGCUUGGCCGCCGUCUCCUUCAUGGUGUGCUUGUGGAAAAGAAGCAGUUCACACAACAAAGGCAGCUUCUGACGGGCUAGCGUCCGCUCUAGCGUUCUCUACAAUGACUGGCAACUAUUACGCGGCGCAAAGGAUUGUGGGACGACGCAGGCAGUACGAGCAGAUCCCGGAAAACAUUCAUCGAGACGUGAGUAAUCGACUUCCGCUUCCCGCUCUGCGCAGCGGUGGAAAGUGAAAGUCUUGACUUUAUGAACUUGCCGUAAAAGUGGUACUCAACCAACGUACCGGUACGUAAAACACUGGUAAUUAGGACGUUUCCAUGGAAAUGUUCACACAUUCUGGAGCUGUUGUCUUCCAGGUGUCUGUGGGCGGGGCUUGCCCUAACCCCUCCUACCAUCUGCCCCCGGCUGAUAGAGCAUGUCAGAGGAGGGACGGCAGGAACAUCUGCUGGUCCAGACCCACAUGAAGACACCAUGAAGCCUGAGACGCUCGCCCGUCCUCUUCCCGACUCCAUCCAGGCGGACCAGUCCCCGGACGUCCAGUCGGACAGCAGCUCCGAGGAGGGGGGGGAUAUGGAGGUGGCGUUGUUGUCGUCCAACAGGGAGGCGUUACCGUGGCAACAGAAGGAAGAGGAGGAGCACGACGAGGCGGAGACCAAGGCGGUGGCGUCUUCUCCGGACGGACGCUUCCUCAAGUUCAACAUCGAGAUUGGCCGAGGAUCCUUCAAGACAGUCUACAAGGGUCUGGACACCGAGACCACCGUGGAGGUGGCCUGGUGCGAGCUGCAGGUAGCACAGACGCACCGCCUGAGCAAGGUGGAGCGCCAGAGGUUCGGCGAGGAGGUGGGAAUGCUGAAGGCUCUACAGCAUCCCAACAUCGUUCGCUUCUUCGACUCGUGGAAGUCGGUGCUCAAAGGUCACAAGUGCACCAUCCUGGUGACAGAGCUCAUGACGUCAGGGACCCUCAAGACGUACCUGCGCAGGUUCCGUCAGAUGAAGCUGAAGCUGCUGAAGCGCUGGAGCUUCCAGAUUCUCAAAGGUCUGCACUUCCUGCACUCGCGCAGCCCCCCCAUCCUGCACCGUGACCUCAAGUGCGACAACAUCUUCAUCACCGGACCCUCGGCCUCCAUCAAGAUCGGAGAUCUGGGCCUCGCCACGCUCAAGAAGGCGUCCUUUGCCAAGAGCGUGAUCGGGACGCCAGAGUUCAUGGCCCCGGAGAUGUACGAGGAGAAAUACGAUGAGGCCGUGGACGUCUACGCCUUCGGAAUGUGCAUCCUCGAGAUGGCCACGUCAGAGUAUCCGUACUCGGAGUGCGAGAACGCCGCUCAGAUCUACCGCAAGGUCACCAGCGGAAUCAAACCGGACAGCUUUUCUCAAGUCCAGGUCCCGGAGCUGAAGGAGAUCAUCGAGGGCUGCAUCCGCACCAAGAGCAGCGAGAGGUUCACAGUCCAGGACCUUCUGGACCACCGCUUCUUCCACGGCCAGCUGGGCGUCCACGUGGAGCUGGCCGAGGAUGACGACGGCAGGAAGGCGGCGCUGAAGCUGUGGCUGCGGAUGGACGGCACCAAGAGGCUGCAUGGCAAAUACAAGGACAGCGACGCCAUCGAGCUCCUCUUCCAGCUCUACAAAGACGUCCCGGAGGAGGUGUCACAGGAAAUGGUGGUGCUGGGCUUUGUGUCCGAGGGGGACUAUAAGCUGGUGGCCAAGGCCCUCAGAGACCGUGUCACCGCCAUCAAGCGCCAACGCGAGGAGCGCCGCCACUCGGCUCGGGGCGACCUACAGGACGACACCGUCCUCGGGGGGGAACGCCGUCCUCCGCCCCCCCACACGUCCAGUCAGCAAGCAGCUGCAAACUGGCCCGCUGCGGGGCAGCAGAAGGCAGCUGAUGCUCCCGCCGCGCCCUGGCUGCAAGCUCCGCCCACAAGCAGCAGGAAAGGAGGAGACGAAGAAAAGACGGCAGGCGGCCCGGGUGCGCUGAACAAGGCAGAAGCCCCGCCCCCUCCUGUCAUUUCCAGAGCUCGUGUGUCGAAGCCUCCGCCCCUUCCUGUGCUGCGCUUCCCCAGGGUGAGUAGGGGGCGGGGCCAAAGCAGGCGCAGCAGCAGCCAUCUUGUCUGUCGUCCACACAGAGCAUCGCCGUGUCCCAGCAACCGCCAUCAGCAUCAGUCGGCGGCUUCUCCUCACCUGUGGACAGGUAACGCAGGUAACGCCACACAUGCGCACGUCCACCUUCUUUCAAGGACGCCACUUCCUCUUCUGCCUCUCAGCUGCGCCUCUGACGUGACCUCGGGUUUGAGUGACGGCAACGACGGCCAAUCGGAUAAGAGCAACCAGGAAGUGAGCAGCAGGAAGUUGAGGAAAAGAACAAGGGCUCGCCUGAGGAUCACGGGGGUGUCCAACCUGGGGGACCGCGUGGUGGAAUGUCAGCUGACCACCCAUGACAGCAAGAUGGUGACCUUCAAGUUCGACCUGGACGGAGACGACCCCGAGGACAUCGCCUCCGUCAUGACCCACAGAGACUUCAUCCUGCCGCCUGAGAAGGAGGAGUUCAUCCAGCGCAUGUAUGACAUCAUCAACAGGGCGGAGUCUAUGAUCCAUCAGCACGCCCCCCCGCUUCCCGAGUCCAAGCCAAAGAUGGCGGCUGCAAACCUCCCCAGGACGCCGUCCAGCUCGUCCCUUACUGACUCCACAGAGGCUGAGCCGUCCCCCUUUUACAUUGAACAUGAGGCCACGCCCCUCUCCAGACCGCUGUGGCCAUCGCUACGCAAUUAUUCAGACACUCCGCCUCCCUCCCAAGACUAUCCAUACACCCACCCUACCGGCCCCCCUCAUGCCCAAAGUAACUCCUCCCUUCACUCCCCCAUGGUCACGCCCCCUCCUCAGUGGCCACCCCCUGACCAGCCCCUCUUCUCCCUGGCCAACAUGCUAUCGCUAGCCAUGAGCGUAGCCCAGUCUUUCAUGCCCCCCCACGGGUCCCCCGGGGCCCGGCCCCCCCCACACCUUCCCUUCUCCCCUUCCUUGUUUCCAUCUUCAGGCUCAAAGCUCCGCCCUCAGAGCCACGCCUCCUGGUCUGCACCUCCGUCCCCUCAGCCAACAGUCCCCGCCCCCAACAGACAGCAGGGGGCGUCAGUCAGCUGGAGUCCUGGAGAGCCUCAAAGUCCGAUACAGUUUUGGGACGGCUUGACUCCGCCCCCUCAUGGUUCUGCUCCGGGCCCGCCCCCCGCCCCUCCUGCUGGGUUUCCUCCACACAAAGCUGUGUCUGCCAUCACCCCGCCACCUGGACAAUCAGCGGCGCAGGACGGCGAGAAGGUUGCGUUGGGCGGCCAUGAUGGAAGUGAAGGUCCAGUGCCACCUUCCACCUUCAGCGUGGGUCGUUUCCGAGUGGCAACCUCUCAAGAUCCUCCAGAUGGCCAUCAUCCAGAGCCCCACGCCCUCCAGAAGACCACGCCCACCAUACGCUCCCCGCCCCCGUCUCAGAUGAGCCAGUCAGACAGCUCGGAGAGCAUUCCAGAUGAGGAGAGCCAAUCAGAGAGCAGCAUCCACACAGUGACCUCCUUUCCCUCCGGAGGAGCGGAGGAGAAGAGGAGGAGGGGGGCGGGUCGCAGGUUGACCGGCAUGUGGGAGGGGCCAGCCGGCAGCCAGUCUUGGACCCGCUCGGCGUCGUACGUCAGUUCUGACGAAUCCGAGAAUGAGAAGGAUGAGAUGUGGGAAGGACUGAAGGAGCUUCGGGAACGACACCUGCUGGAGGUGCACGAGCUGCAGGCCAAUCAGAGGCGAGAGAUCGAGGAGCUCUGCCUGAGGAUGGGAAAGGUUCCGCCCCUGGGCGUGGUCUCUCCGGCCGCCGUGCUCCACCAACGCCGAGGCUUCCCGCUCGCUCGCAGAAACAGUCUUCAGAGAGCAGAAGCGCUCCCCCCCGCAGGUAUCAUGAGGAAGCGCUCGGCCAGCGGCGGAUCUCAGGAGCGGCCGUGCAGAGGCGUGACCUUUGCCCCCGAACACACGUGCAUGGUGAGAGUUUCCCGCUCUUUUGCCUUGACCUUCCUCGUGCUAACCUUUGACCUUGCAGCCCCCCAUCAACGCCGAGCGUCACCAAGAGGGAACGUGACGCCCAGCGUGCAGGUGUUGGACUCCAGCAGGCGAGGUUGCAAAGGUUGCUAGCAAACGUGGAUGCUAGCUGGUGAUGAUCGUCAUGGCGUCCCAAACCACGAGUGCUUCCAUGGAUGUAAACAAACAUAAAACCUGAUGUCGUUCACAAUCCCUUCAACCCCAAAGAUCUGCACCACAGACUUGACCCGUGUCUAGCUGCUAGCUAGACGCCAUCCAGUGGCUUUGCCCGCUUCUGCGAUACGUCAACUUGGCCGCCAUAUUGGAUGUGGGGAAGACCUGGGAAGAUGAAAUAUUUGGUUCCCCACGUAUAUCAGUGUGUGUGUGAAUGUAUAAACAAGAGCCAUUAACGUAUAUGUCUUCUACGUACAUGUCUGCGCUGAUGAAAUGAAGUACAUUUGCUUGUAUUCAUCACAGAGUCGGCUUGAUACGUCCGUCAUGGCGGCCACGUUGACGUACGGCACGGCGUCUAUCUGUGUCUCUGGCCGCGAGUAUUAGUCCUCCGCUGGAUAUGAAGACUAAAAAAAGACAGCGUUUAUGCUAAAGAAGCUUGUCUUACUGUUGCGGUUUCGUCUUCAAGGCUUCCUUGCUUAGAAAUGAACCCCGCUUUUGAUGGUGGGCCAUUGUUUGGUGUUACACUGAAAUGCUUCCCACCCAAAACAACGAUCCCGACAUUACAACUUCCUGUAGUGACGUCUUCCGUUCACUUCCCGAUGAAGCCGUUGGUCAGUUUGAAACGUGGAGGCGGGAUCUAAUGACAUGUCAAUCAUUGUGAUCCCGUUGUAUACACGCGCGCAUGCGCACUUUUAUUAUCGUUGUUAUUCAUCUUGUACAUUAGUCACACAGAUCCACACGUUAGAAAUGUGAUUUUCUUCACUUUAUUACUUAUUACGUUCAUUUAGACUAAUGAUUUUCCCAGUGUGUGAAAGUGUGCAUCUUUUAUUAAAAUCUUUAUUCAUAGGUUUGCA